AUUCCAGAACAUACAUCACAACACUUCUUGCAUUUCGCGAGCUAACUUGACUGACUAAACCAAACCAACCCCAACAAAAUGUUCAAGCUGUUCAUCUUCGUCUGCUUCCUGGCCUUCGCCGCCGCCAAGCCCGGUAUUGUUGCUCCCGUAGCAUAUACCGCGGCUUAUACCGCGCCAGUAGCCGCUGCGUAUACCACGCCCGUGGCCGCGGCGUACACCGCUCCGGUCGCAGCCGCGUAUACUGCACCAGUAGCGUAUUCCGCUUACUCAGCGUACCCAGCCUACUCAGCUUACAGUUACGCGUCGCCUUACUCUGCCUACUACUUACGCCGUUGAUUCUAAAGAAAUUAAAGAACCACCCAAAAAAAUCAGGACUAAAAAUGACGUGAUGAUAGUCUCUUUGCCAAGCUCUCUCCAUACUAACAUUGUACUUUGUUCUUUCUUUUUUCAUGGCUUAGUGCCUCUUAUGUACCCAUCUGUGAUGUACUUAUCU